UCAGGGGUCCCAGGGACUCCUCAGAGGGGGUCCCGGCUACUGACGGGGAGGCAAAGGAGGACUGUAUGCAGCUAAACCCGUCGCUUGGGGGCAUUGCCAUCAGCUCCCUGCUGGCCAUCGACAUUAGCCUGUCUAAGCGUCUGGGGGUCUGCGUGGGGACUCUGGGGUCCGGGGCUCCGAUGAGGUCCAUGGUGGUCCUGCUGUCCCUCAGUGGACACGCCCUCACCUGGUUCUGUGGGGUGCUGGUCUGCCUGUGGAGGAGCGACACGCUGGCAGAACAAGAGGUCCUGGUGAACCUGCUGCUGGCUCUGACUCUUGACCUGAUGACCAUUGCCGGCGUGCAGAAGUUGGUGAAGCGCCGAGGACCCUGGGACUUCCCGCCUGGGUUCCUGGACCACGUUGCCAUGGAUACGUAUUCUUUCCCAGCAGGCCACGCCAGCCGGGCCGUCAUGGUGUCCAACUUCCUGUUGACUCACCUGGUGCUGGCGGUACCCCUCAGGAUCCUGCUCUACCUGUGGGCCGUCCUGGCGGGCAUGUCGCGGGUGCUGUUGGGUAAACACCACCUGUCGGACGUCAGCUGUGGCUUCGCUCUGGGCCUCCUGCACUUCAGCCUGGUGGAGUCCGUGUGGCUGGACUCUGACACCUGCCAGACCCUCAUCUCCAUCGGCACGCUGCGCUGGACUCCGCUCAUCUGAACUGGUCUGGACCGGCUUGGCAGGAUUGCACACAUUUUUUUUAAUCUGGCCCGUGUAGAUUAUUAGAAAUAAACUGACGACUCGGUUCAUAAAUUAACAAUUAAUAAAAUGCAUUUAGUGUACACCAGAAUAUGAUACACCAUGAUUCUGAACUAUCAAUAAAGUAACAAGAUUAUUAUAAAA